CCUGAACGCCUCAGGAAGUUGUCAGUGGUGAAGCUUCAAGAUGGGGAAAUUUGGGCUUCAAUUUAAAGCCACCCUGGAGAACGUCACCAAUGUUCGACCAUUGGGCGACGACUUCCGCUGGUUCCUGAAGCUGAAGUGUGGAAACUGUGGAGAGAUCUCAGAUAAAUGGCAGUAUGUUACCCUGGUGGAAAGCGCACCACUGAAGGGAGGAAGAGGCAGCGCCAGCAUGGUGCAGAAGUGUAAACUCUGUGGCAGGGAAAAUUCCAUCGAUAUUCUGGGAGACACAAUCACACCUUACAAAGCCGAGGACAGCGAACGCUUUAAGACGAUGGUACAGUUCGAGUGUCGAGGUCUGGAGCCCGUUGACUUCCAGCCGCAAGCUGGCUUCGCUGCAGAGGGAGCAGAGUCUGGAACGCCGUUUCCUGAAAUCAACCUACUAGAAAAAGACUGGACAGACUACGAUGAGAAAGUUAGUGAGUCUGUGGGAAUAUAUGAGGUCACACACCAGUUCAUCAAGUGCUGAUAUCAUCAUGCAUCGAGCCUCAGAGGAACACUACAGGAAAACAUCCUCAGUCCCGAUUGCUGGCAACACGGAUGCUUCAGAUGCGGUCAGCAGUUGGUGAGAAGUGGAGUAAGGCAACAGGUUGUCCGUACACAUCUUGGAUUGAUCAACAUGCUGAAAGGACAAGUUUUUUUUUUUUUUGUUUUUUCUCAAUAAAAAUGGAGGUUGAACAUUGUGA